ACAAAAGCAAGCAAGCAAUGGACCUUCAACUAAGCGACAAAAACUGAAACAGUAGUAAAACUUUGUGGGUGAUAAAGCGUACCCACUUUUUAUCUUUUAAAAAAUGGGAACCGUCCUGGAUUCUCACUUUCUUGCUCUAACCGCCAUUGUCACCGUAAUUCUCUUCCCCAGCACGGCAGCACCUCAGGGUUCAUGGGCUUCUCUCGUUAUUCUCUAGAGUUUGUGUGUGUCGUGUUGAUUUUUUGGUAUUCGUUGGGUUGUGCAGGUUGGGUACCAGCUGCUGUUCUUCAUUGUCACAGCUCUUCUCAAGUUCGAUUAAGUCACCGACUUUGCUGGUAUUCUUGCUCAUUUCUUCUGUUUGGGGUUUCGAAUUUUCCCCCCUGCUUUAACCUUCUUGGUAGCUAUGGAUGAAUGAUUAUAAGGUAGAUCAAUUAGAAUUGAAAUGGCUAUGGGGUCGGUAGAAAUGGGUUGACAUGAUUUCUUGCUGCUUAACAUACAAUUGAAGUAGUUUCUGGUGUGCUAAUUAGAUGUUUUAAUCUGUUCCAGGAAGCACAAACUUCAUUAUACUUGCGGCUUUGACCCUCAUUCUGAAAGGGACGUGGUAUUUUAGACAGGUACACUCGUCUCUUUGUAAUUCUAGCCAGUCAUUUCAUGGCACUGUUUUAUGUAUAAGUUGUUUCUCUGUUGAUGGGAACUUUGAUUUCUGUAUGAGGUUCUUUGAGAAGGAUAUCGUCACUGGUUUGUUUGGUGGCAAUCCUCUUUCAGUUUUCUUUGUUGCUUGUUCCAAGUUCCAUUCAGAGGAUCUUAAACCACUAGAGAAAGAAACCAGACUCUUGGUAUGUGAACCAUUUAGAAGGAAAAGAAGAAUAGCAAUACCCUUGAGAGUUAUAUUAAUGAGGUGCAGGCAAUCCAAUUACAACGUUGCACGACUGUUGCUCAAAUCAAUUGCCUUGUUUAUGUUUGUGAGACUCAAGGUACUGGUUGGUCCAAUAUUCAGUUGGAAACUUACCGUAGAAGGAGCUUCUGUGUUUAUUCAUUAGAUGGAGCGAACAUCCUGGAACAAUUGCUUAUAUCUCCUGUAGAUUUUUGGUCUGGGGAAGCUACUGAAAAGCUUUUCCUGCCUUUCAUUUUCUUUACCAAGUACCCAAGUUGCUGGUCUAAAUAAAUGUAUGCAUUGCCUCCAUUGUCAAGCUCUAACCAACUCUCGUCUUUGUACCGAGUGUUUAUGGCUUCUGACUUGGAUUUUUUCCUUGUAUUACAGGUAGUCUUGAGUGUCCUUGUCAUAAUAUGGGGUCUUCGUCUGGGCCUGUUUCUGCUAAUGAGGUAUGAAGUGAAGGCAUUGCAUGCUAACUUCACAUGUUAAACGAAAUGGAUGGAUUGGUGUGCAUGGCUACGUGUUUGAUUACUAGUGCUUGUUUUAUGCACUCAAGUUCUAGGCUAGUUGUUCGUUGUUCAUUCAUUAAGCUAAUCUUUGAUGUUUGAACUGAGUCAAACCCGUCAAUUUGGCCUAAACAAACAUUUCCUGAACAGGAUACUGCAGUGGGGGGAGGAUAGGCUUUUUAUGAAAUGCGCAGCAAUUUGGGGAAGUUAGCUGUUUUCUGGAUAUUUCAGGCUGUAUGGGUGUGGACUGUGAGUUUGCCCUUGACGGUAGUUAAUUCCAGUGACAGAGAUCCUGCAUUAGACGUUCGAGACAUAAUUGGGUGGAUAAUGUGGUCUAUCAGGACAUCAUUCGAAGCCACAGCUGAUCAACAGAAACUUGCUUUCAAAAACGCACCUGAAAACAGAGGGAAAUGGUGCAAUGUCGGACUCUGGAGCUACACUCGCCACCCUAAUUAUUUUGGAGAGAUUUUCCUUUGGUGGGGGAUCUUUGUGGCAUCUGCUCCCGUGCUCAAAGGGGCUGAAUGGCUUGUCAUUCUAGGGCCAAUCUUCUUAACAUUGCUGCUUCUUUUCCUCAGUGGCAUUCCAUUGCUCGAGGACUCUGCUGACAAGAAGUUUGGCAAUGCUCCAGCUUACAGAAACUACAAAAGGAGGACCAGCCCUCUUAUCCCGCUGCCUCCAUCGCUCUACGAAAACCUGCCAUCGUGGUUCAAAACCGUGUUUUUGUUCGAGCUGCCAUUGUACAGUCGCAGUCUUCCUCCUGAGGGGUUGGCAUGGUGAGGUGGGGAAAGGAAGCCUUUCCCUUCUUCGUUUUGGCGCUUCAAAACUUACUUAGUACUAUCAAAUAUGGUUUGGGAGAUAUGAAAUUGUCAUUUGUGCCGUGCAAGGAGCACUGAGGGAGAAGUGAUCAAAGGAGAUGAACUGAAGCUGAGCUGAUUCUUGUUUCCUUACAAAAUUAACAGAAAGAAAGAGUGAAUUGUGUUUCAUUGUGGCUUUUGGUAAUUACAGAUUUAAGCCUUUUUCUUAAUCAUCAAGGGGUGUGGUUAUGUAAUUGACUCCACUGUGCUGCUGGGGUAUGCAAGAAUUCAUCCUGAGUUUUGCUUCCAUUUCGCUAAUCCAGAAAUCUUAGUAUUCUUGAACAAAUCAACGCUUCAUUAAGUACGAAAUACCCGUAACCAACCAGAGCACGAAUUCACAAUAUAGAAUGUAUACGAAU